UCAUGGCGCAGAACCAAAAAGCGGUUUCUGUAUAUUUCCCAUUUAGUUUGUCUCGUUAGUGAAUUUUAUCCGCGAAUAUACCUGAGCACCGAAGAUUAUCGUAGUUUUUAUUAAAUUAAAGACAAUGCUGAACGGAUGCAGAACAGUGCGGUGGAAGAUGCUACACAGAAUUUCGUCGAGCCUGGUCAUCGCCAACCUGAUCAUCAGCAGUAUUUCAACACGUAAUGGUGGACAACCUUUUGACACAGCACUGACCAGCGAACAGCGGAUUUUUUAUUUUAUCUAUACGUUGCUGCUUUAUAGAUUUUACGUUAGGACGAUACAACAAUAUGACGGACUUACAAUCUUCUAUAAAAGAAGCAGCGUCAUUAUAUAGACAGAAAAAAUAUGGAGAGGCGAGCGCGAUAUACAGGAAGUGUAUCAAUGAAAUGACAGACGAACAAACUACAAAAGAGGCUACAUUUACUGAGAAGCUGACCCAGCGAGAACUGCUGGAAUACAUGCUGUGCCUCUGCUUGUUAGAAUCAAAGGAGUUUGAUGAUUGGUGGGAAGCGUUCAAACAUCUAUAUAAAGUGAAGACUACUUACGAAUGCAAGUUCCCUGCAAUUUAUUAUGCCUUAACGAGGACAUAUUUAAAAUUCUACAGAUUUUCGUUGGUGAAAAUAAUGAUUGAUGAAGGUCUGGCUGUAUUGGAAGCUGGAACAUUAUUUGCCGAUUAUCAUAUACCAGAGACGAAUAUUAUUAUUGAUGAGAAUACGAAAAAAGGUUUAUACUUCAAACUUACUGAUCUGCGAAACAAAUGUUCGCAACUUAGUAAACCGGAUGCGUAUUGUAACCUGAAAUCGAUGUGCAAAGAUAGUAUGACGUUGAAGAUGAGCUUCGAUAUAUCAGUAUUGGAUGAAACAAAUAAUGCUAUAUACAUUGGGGAUCCGACUUCUAAAGGCAUGGUUACAGUAUUCUGCAGCAGUAUCGAACCGUGCAUAUUACAGUAUCAUUCGAUUUGUUGGAAACACCAAAAGUAUCUUUGUAAUGUAACAGACGACAUGGAUAUGUUUAACCUCAACUGCUUCACGAAAGAUUGCAAUAGUAAAAAUAAUCCAAGUAAAAUUAUACAAAUUGAAUUCAUCGGACAGAACGGCGAAACUUUAAAAGUUCUCUCGAGUCGCAAACGUAAAAACUCAUACGACAAUACGGAAGAGGUUGGAGACCUAGUCAGAGAGCACACUCAAGAAGAAAUAAGUGAAAUGAAACGAGAAAAUGUAACACGUGUACAUGUGAAAUGUACAUAUAUACCAUUGAAAGAGAUGGAAAACCUUGAUACAGACAAGAAAAGCAAAAAGACUGUUGACAAGAAAAAUAAGUGUGAACUAUCGACUUCUAACGAAGAGAAAGAUAUUUUGAAGUCAAUAUGUACAUCUGUAGCGGACUAUAUUCAAGAAAACGAUGAAAUUGCCAAUGUCGUUCCUAUAAAACGGGAUACAACAACAGAGUUCUUAGUUGAUGAUUUAUGUACUCUAUCCCCUGAUGAAUGCACCAAGGACGAAUCAUAUGCGAUAUGCGAAUCUUCUUUUACUUCUGAAACGAAAGCUAGUGACAUAAAAUACGAUCGCGCAAUCGAUCUCGAGAAAGAAAUCAAAUCUUAUAAGAUUGAGAAACAGAUUUCACCUGAUUGUUUUGCGAGAUUUAAUAUAAGCCCAACGAAGAGCUUGAGCCCAGUAAAGAGUAAUAAUGACAAAAGCCCUGACCAACAUUCAACCAAGUUAUCGCAAUCCAAAUCUCUAAGUGAAAAAGCGUUCGUCAAAGUGGGCCAAAUAAAGAAGAACGUUGAGAAAUGGACGCCAAGUAUUUUUAAACGUAGCAACAGUAUGGACAACGGUGAAAAGAAAACUUUUACUUCCUCAAAGAAAAUGGGUGCAGUGGAUGGCUUGCCAGAAGUUGCCUCCCCAACAGUUAAGAGAAGAAUAUUGUUCGAGGAUUGUGCAAAUGACGAAUAUGUAGAAAAUAAAAAUGAUACAGCUGUUAAAUCGCACCAUCAUAAGGCAAAUGAAUACGUAAUUGUGGAUAGCAAUAAGCUUGAGGAUGGCAGUAAGUUUGAAGAUGGCAGUAAGCUUGAAAAUGCCAAUACGAAAAAAGCGUCGUUGAUAAACAUAUGUAAAAUCUUAACUGACAAGAAAAAACCUGAUAAAAGAAUCAAGAGGCGUCUAACUUGGCCAGAAUUAAAAUCAUGCAGUCAGUGUGUAUCUGUAGAAAAAGAUUAUUCCAUACUGCAAUCGAAGUUAGAAGAUAUCAAUGAGAAGAAAUUAAAAGACAGAAAAUGUUGUGAGCAUGAAUCAUUGAUUCCGUAUCUUAGCAGCGAAAUAGACGAUCUCAAGAAAGCGCUUACCACACUGAAGGAGCAGUUCGGAACAAAAGAUCCUGUUAUAGAGCAUAAAAUAAUGAAAUCGUCGUUGGAGGAAUAUAGAAAUUUAAUCUUAGAGUCUGUGGUAGAUAAUAAAAACAUAUUAAUGACGCACUAUAAAGCCGUAUUAGAAUGCGAGAAGAAGGAAAUUAUUAAGGAGAAGGACGCAAUAAUACACAAACAUGAAAUGAAAAACAUUGAGUUGAGUAAAGAAUUAGAAAUGAAUAAGAAGGAGUUAGAUUAUGUCAAGACGCAAUUAGAAUCCACGUCUAAGGCCUUUUUUGACUUCAAAAAACAAAUACUUGAGAAACGCUUGUUUAACUUCUACGAUAGUAGUAUUGCCAUAAUACGGAGGACUGCAUAUUUCUACGAUACUGCAAUUAAUCUAAUGGAAAGAAUGCAGAAGGUAUUUAAAAUGACUAUUGGGGAAAAUUUGAUAUAUGGGAUGGACCAGAUGACAUCUUGGUGCGAUAAUGUCUUCUAUUUACAAAAUGAGAUUAAAAAUUGUGAGGUACUGUACCAAAAAGUAAAGAAAAAUCUAGACAGCGAAGAAUACAUUCGUGAUAAUAAUGACAUAUUAUGGGUAAAAUACAAGUUACCUCUGUAUUCUACACACAUUAUGGCUUCAUAUGUGGAGAAUGCAUUUUUGGAAUAUUACAACAAAAUAACAGAAAAAUGGUGCCAAGAUAUAUCAUGUACUCCGCAAGGCGUGCUAUCGGACCAAGCUAGUUUGGAAGCCUGUUCAUCUAUUUACAAUGAUGAUUCUAAAAUGGAAGACCAUUAUUAUGUCGACAUUGACUCAUAUAGCACAAGCGAAGCAAAGAAGGAGAACAGUCUUACCGUAUCUAGGCAACAGAAUGCAAAUGAAGCAAAUAACAAUAGUUCAUUUAAAAAAACUAUGGAUAAUGUUUCAAGCGUUGAAACCAAACAAGACAAAUGUCAAGAAAUUGAAAAAUCUACCAAACCUAAUGAACGGCAAACCGAUGAUAAAAUAAAAAUAAAUCAAAAGAGUGAAAAGGAAGCAAUACUAAACAAGGCUAACGAAGAUAUUAAUAAAGAACUAAUUAGAAGUGUGUUGGAUGAAAAUUAUGAUACAGAAGUAAUUGCAAGUCUGAAUAAUGAUAAUUAUAUUAUAAACUAUGUUUGCCCUAAGAAAAAGAAGGAUUAUAUCGUUACUGAUUGCGAAAAGCAAACUACUGGACGAGUGACGAUGAAUGAGAUGACUUCCACUAGUGAUAAGGAACUGAUUUUAAAUAAGGAAGAUAAAGAUAGUAGUGAAAGGGUAACAAUAGAAGAAUCAAGUGGUGGUAACAUUGAUAAGGCUAUGAUAACAAAUGAGAUAAAUCGAGCUGUUGAUGAAGAACUAAUCUUAAAUCAGACAAAUGAAGUUGGGCAAUUCAUUUUGUGCGAGUCGAAUAAAGAUGAAAGUGUAACUGUAAAAGAAUCAAGUAGUGGUAACACUGAUAAGGCUAUGAUGACAAAUGAAAUAAAUCGAGCUGUUGAUGAAGAACUUAUUUUAAAUCAGACAAAUGAAGUUAGUGAGCAAUUAAUUUUGUGCGAGUCGAAUAAAGAUGAAAGGGUAACAGUAAAAGAAUCAAGUGAUGGUAGCAGUGAUAAGGCUAUAAUGACAAAUGAAAUAAAUCGAGCUAUUGAUGAAGAACUAAUUUUAAAUCAGACAAAUGAAGUUAGUGAGGAAUUAAUUUUGUACGAGUUGAAUAAAGAUAAUCAUUUGAGAACAAGAAAUCCUUCGAGCGAAAGUUUUUACAAAUUUGGUAACUUAUCAAUAGUAUAUGACGUCGAAGAAAUAAUUAUGAGUGAAUUGAAUAAUGGCUUCAAUAAUAAGGAAAAUGACAAUGCUACUGAUGUUAGAUCGCAAACUAAGAAGGGAAAUAAUGUAUCUGUUUUAAUUGACAGUAAAAAUAUCUUACGUCACGACAUGUCUGAUAGUUGGACGCAAACUAUGAAACAUAAAUUCAACACAAAUAUUAGUACAACAACAAUUUAUAAUAAGAAAUAUGUACAUAUGACGCAUAUAAACUCAGAUGACAAAUAUAUAUAUCAAAAUAAUAGAAAUAUAAAUAUGUUUAAUAAGAAUGAAAGAAAACACAAAGAGAUAGAAAUCAACGCGAUAAAUAAUUUGUUAUCUGAGAUUUUACAAAAAUAUCCACAUUUCACGAGUACGGAUGCAUUUGACGGCAUAAUGGAUUUGUUAGAUAUGGGUGUUAGGAUAUCGGAAGUUGAUAAAGAAAUGUUAAUAGAUGAGCUAUAUUAUAUAAUAUCAGAAAAAGAGAAUUGCCAUUAUCAACAAGAAACAAAGCCAAAUUAAAUAAACAGAAAUUUAUUUAGAUGAGAAAUUUAUAAAAAGAUAAUUUCAAAAAUUCAAACAACUUUAUACCAAAAGGAGUCAAUUUAGCAGAAAAUAAUAAGGAAAAUAUUAACUCGGAAGCAAGUUGUUGAAGAAAACAAAAAAAGAAAAUCUAAAAAAAGAAACUAGCAAAUGAACAAGUAAUCUGGAAAAAAAACUUCAAGAACAAGGUUUUCAACGUCAUUUUUAAUUUUUACGCUUUAUUUUGCCACUUUACAAAAGAGAUCUUGAUCGAAAUUCCUUGAUAUUAGAGGAACAUUUGGAGAAUACAUUGUACGCGUUACAUGGACGUGAAUGUAAAUUACAUUAAAUAAAUGUAACGAAUAUGCGUGGUAAUAAGAUGGCGAGAAGUAUAACUUGUAUUACUGGUACAAAUAUAUCACUAUAAAUCUGUA